UACCUGCCCGCAACUCUCAACUUCCUGCCAACGUCGUGUUCAGUGAUAGCAUCGAGCAUUAUCACAGUCGCAUGUUCAACCUGCUGAGGCAUUGUAGAUCGUCGCCGGCGAGAUUUCCCGUGGUUUACAAUGAACUGACAGAACCGCAGACAACAAACGUCCUCGAGUCGAUAACAGUCUGAUAGUAGGAAUUCACGAAUGGCUGUGUCACGUCCGAAACUCAUAUCCACCCCACAGCAUUUCAAUCGUUCUCAGGUAAAAUCCAAUCGUUCAGACGUGCCUUGCUCAUUCCUGGACCUCCAUCGAUACCAGGUGGCACACCAUGAAAAGCCUUUGCGAUGCACGAGCCGAGCUCCUUCGCCUGCAACACAGGGAGUCGGAACUUCUCCAGGAGAUCGUGGUCGUCCGCAAGGCUGUAGCAAACCAGAAAGUUGUAAUCGAUGAGCUGAUCAAAGCAAGCGCCGUCCCGUUCAUCGAUCGCCUUCCAAACGAGUUGCUUAUACAGAUAUUCCUCCUCAUCAAACUUGACCGGGAACGUCUGGCUAGAGUCUCACGCCGUUGGAGGGCCAUAGUCAUAGACAUUCCUGGUAUCUGGAGCGAGAUCGACUUGGAAUACUACUGGCUUCGCAAGUGCCCGGCGUUGAAGUUACAUUUGGCAAGAAGCCGUCAAACCCCCCUCGCCAUCCUCGACGCAUAUGACUUGCGAGAACUAGAAGUUGUUUUGCCUCAUGCGAACCGUUUUCAUACUCUGGAGAUUAUUGGUAACACAGAGAACAUCCUCAGCAGAAUCUCCCGCGUAAAAUUUCCUUCUCUGCAGUACCUUAGCAUAGAUGGACGAGGGGAGUCGGUUGAUAUCCUGCCCAGGAUUCAAUCAUGUGUCCCUGCCCUCAAGCAUCUAGAAUUGCUUGGAUGGCGCGGACCCUCAUCCGUUUCUCAAAUUAUUGCAGCCGAAUCAUUAGAGGAGCUGUCCCUCAGGGAAAUUGCAAGUGACUGGAAGUUCAAGAAUGACAGCAUGCACUUUCCUUCGCUUCAGCGCCUCACGCUGGAUGUCAGAUCUCCUAUAUCUUUCUUGGAAUCUAUUAUAGCUCCUAAGCUCGUGUCCUUUUGCUAUACUGCAGCAUAUUGCGACGACCCGAUCCCCACCAAGUUUGGCGAAAAUUGGUCGAAAUUCAACAAUGUCUCCCGCCUCACUUUCACUUUACCCAGGUUUCAAAUAGCGAGUGAGGAGACCUUGCUUUUGUCCAGGAGUCUCUGCCAUAUAUUUCGUGGUAUACGUUACGCAGACAUUCAAGGGGAUUACGUGUCGAUGCUGUUCUCCCCUUGUAUGGACGGCCGAAGUCCUCUUGAUAACUGGACAUGCCUCGAAACCCUGGACAUACGAGACUUCACUUUCAGUUCACUCAGGUCGUUCAAAUGUAUAGUAACUUGGUUCACGAAGCGGAGGAACUUGGGCAAACGGAAAUUGCAUUUCAAACUCAUGCAGGAACACGACACCGAUGAUCUGGUGAUGCUGAACGCUUCCAACGCCCUCUACCAAACGUUGCAGGAUUGUUGUGCGUCAGUGGUGUUCGAUCGUGUUGCGGUAUCUUGUUAGUUGUAUCUUUCUUUGUCUGUAGGUUCGCUGUCAUUGAGUUGGCCAACUUGCUGGACUGCGGAUAUCUAACUUGGCAUCCUCGUAGGCGGCAAGUGGUACAUAGAAUGCUACGUUCCCUUCCAAGUAUCCAAAAGUCAGAGUUCGUGUUGUAUUGGUCCUCGGGUUCUGAAUGGCAUAGGAUCCCUUGUGAGGUCAGCUGGGCUAUAAGUCCAUCCGGGGUUGAGUCAAUUCCUGCACGCUAUCUAGUACGG